AUGUCUGCAAUCAAGUUGAUGGAUUUUGGCAACAAGCGCCGCAGGCUUGAAUCUCAGCAGCAGGAUGUCAAUUUCCUAAAUGGGACUUCCAUGGCAAUGCAGAUCGCUGCAGACUCCAUGUCUGAUUCUUUUACAAGUGAUGAGGGCACCAAGACAAUUACACAGCCCGAGGUCAUCGAUCUCGAUUCGGACUCGGACAAUUAUAUUUUCAAGGAUGAGGUUGAUCAGCAUCAACUGACACAAAACCAAAGGGCUUGUUUGCUAAAUGGAGCAGGCCAAUCUUCGGCAGGCGAUGACAGCAAUAGCAACGGGAAAACAGGCUUUUCGUGGAAGGACGAUGCAUAUAUGAAUAAUCAGCAGACACAGUUUGGAUAUCAGGACGGACACAACUUGAUUGAUCUGACUGAGGCUAACCAGGAUGAUAAUAACGAAGAUGAAACCGAAGAUCAGGCAAUGAACAAGCUGUUGGAUGUUGAAGAGGAUGACGAGGGUGCAUUUGGCAAGAUGGAUGACGUGUUUGGCUCAAAGGACAGCAACAGCGAUCUUUUGCUUCAUAUUUCUGACAGCUCGCGGAACUUUUCGUCCGGUUCCACUGGUUCUAGUGAGAUGUGCAUUAAGGAAAACCCAAACUCCCCGAUUUCCUCCGCCUCCUCAUACAAUUUCCCGUCACCUUCGGGAUCAUCCUUACAUUCUGCAAACGUCAAGUUGGACUCAAUACGACCUGGAUUUUUCACAAGUGAGGCUCGGCUUGGUGCCGUGCCGCAACUUCCGUACACCAAGCUCGAAUACAUAGCCCCUACAGACUACACAUCGAUCAGGGAGAAAAUUGGGGAUGUCCAGGCGGCAGUCAUUCCAUACUAUUCACAUUAUUCACAAAGAAGCUCUCCAUCAAGUACUUACCGGGAAAAUUUGAGCCAUGGCAAGAGGCCUCACUUCUACAAAAAGUUGUCCAGGCCUCGCCGGCAUGCGCCUUCGUCAUCAUCGGAUGAGGAGUCUCCGUGUGACGAUAGCGAUGGAUACUAUAUCAUCAGAAGAGGCUCAAAUUUUGCCAACGGGCGUUUCCGGAUACGGAAACUACUGGGCCAGGGAACUUUUGGAAAAGUGGUAAAGGCUUACGACAAGAAGUCGCAUGCAGUUGUAGCGAUCAAGAUAAUAAAGUCGAUCUCGAAGUAUCGCAGUGCUGCAAGGAUCGAACUCCGUGUUCUUGCCAUGCUAAAGAAGCAUGAUCCUAAGAAUAUCUACCAAUGUAUUCAUUUACGAGAAUGCUUUGAUUACAGAGGCCACAUAUGCAUUGUGACGGACAUGCUUGGGCAGUCACUUUUCGAUUUCAUGGAGAACAACAAGUGCUUGCCGUUCCCAGGCUCCCACAUCCAGGCUUUUGCAAAGCAAAUCCUUCGCUCAGUCGCAUUCAUGCACGAUCUAAAUUUAAUACACACCGAUCUGAAGCCGGAAAACAUCUUACUUCAGAACGAUUCGUUUGUUCGUCGUCCCUUCUGCCCUCCUUCGGUUGCAACUAAGGCUAUCUCAAGGAAGGUGCUUAAAGACCCCAAGAUUUUCACAAUUGAUUUCGGUGCUGCCAUCUUUGACGAUGAGUCACACGCUCGAGUGGUCUCAACACGCCAUUACCGUGCUCCUGAAAUUAUUAUGGACACUGGAUGGUCAUUUCCUUGUGAUAUAUGGUCUGUUGGCUGUAUUUUGGUGGAACUUGCGACUGGUGACACGCUUUUCAAAACGCACAACAAUGUUCAGCACUUGGCAAUGAUGGAAAGAGUGGUAGGUGAGCCGAUCGAUCUUAGCCUGGUCAGAGACUGUAUCUAUAACUAUUACACUGCCAAUGGCCAGAGAAGAGGCUACCAUUCACAUGAUGAGGAGUGCAUUGCCGAUGCAUUUUCAAAAUCGACUGGCCGCCUAAGGUUCCCUAUAGUGUCAACGUCUAAAAAGAUCAUGAACGAGGUGGAUCAACUAUCAUGCAUAGAGGACAUUAUUGGUGAUAGUGUUGGCUUCAGAUUUAGCAGACGCAUGUCGCUUAGUGAUUCCUUGAAGCACUUUAAUAUUCCAAGAGCUAAGCAGCAAGAGUACACAUUUUGGUUUUGGUUUGUUGAUUUAAUAAGGAAGAUGCUUAUUUUCGAUCCAGAGCGUAGAAUCACUGCUGUCGAGGCACUGGAUCACGAAUGGUUUAAUUACGGAAUUCUCGAUGAUGGCUUGCUGUCAUUGAAUUCCGAAAUUGCUAACUGA